UGCUUCUACCACAUGGUUUUAGCCGAAGGAGGCUCUGCAUUUCUUUCAUUUCUAUGGAGACGUCAGAGCUGGUUUUGCCCCUGAUGACACUUCUUCCAACUUCUCCACCUCCCAGGGUCCUUGCCUCUCUCAGUAUCUUGGCAUUGGCCAUGGGUUCAGGGAGCUUUUGAUGAACUUAAGGGGAGAACCUGGAUGGUCCUGAUAGUCUUUCUGCAGCGAUGGCUGGACACACUUCAAGCCACCUCUUAACAUGGCUCAAGCAAUCUCUGGAAGGCAAGUGCUAAGACUAAAGGCAUAUUUGUCUUUCAUUUAAGUCUGAUGGACUGAGCUUUGGACAAUUUCCAGGGCAGAAAAAGGUAUCUCAUUUUCUAGGUACAAGUUCUGGCUGUCAGAUCCUCUCGGCUUUGGAGUCAGACAGUUAUCACCAUCCAUCACAUGCUAGCCAAAUUCCUAAAUUUGACCAUCUAUCCCCCCCAAACAUAGGUGUUUUGGAGAGACACCCACCUUUUGUGACUUCACCGUGGGAGUGCUAGGAUGUUUAUCUAGACUUGCCAAGUUCUGGAGAGCAAUGUUGAAGCCCUGAGAAUUGAGAGCAUGGGGCUUACUGAUUUAAAAACAGAAAAUGCAAAAUUGGACUGAAAAUAUCCUUCGUCUUCCAAGCAAUCUGCUGAAGGGUUCCAAACUUACCUUCCUUUGGUGAAGAGCAAAGAAACUGCCCUAUUUUCCUCCCCCCCACCCCUUUCUACAAGUGGAAGCAGCCAUUUCCCCAGACCACCACCAUGGAGGUUGCAAUGGUGAGUGCGGAGAGCUCAGGGUGCAACAGUCACAUGCCUUAUGGUUAUGCUGCCCAGGCCCGGGCCCGGGAGCGGGAGCGCCUGGCUCACUCCCGGGCCGCUGCAGCAGCGGCUGUGGCAGCGGCCACCGCUGCGGUCGAAGGCGGUGGGGGUUCCGGAGGGGGCUCCCACCACCACCACCAGUCCCGGGGGGCCUGCACCUCUCACGACCCUCCGAGCGGCCGGGGCAGCCGGAGGAGGAGACGCCAUCGGCCGGAGAAGAAGAAGGCCCACCACCGCCAGAGCACCUUCCCGCACUGCACCGACCUGAUGCCCAGUGGCUCCGAGGAAAAGAUCCUGAGAGAGCUGAGCGAGGAGGAGGAAGACGAGGAGGAGGAGGAGGACGAGGAAGAGGAGGGAAGGUUUUACUACAGCGAAGAUGAUCAUGGAGACGAAUGCUCCUACACAGACCUGCUGCCCCAGGAUGAGGGUGGAGGAGGCUACAGUUCUGUCCGCUACAGUGACUGCUGCGAGCGCGUGGUCAUCAACGUGUCCGGCUUGCGCUUUGAGACCCAGAUGAAAACGCUGGCCCAGUUUCCAGAGACUUUGUUGGGGGAUCCUGAGAAGAGGACUCAGUACUUUGACCCUCUGCGUAACGAGUACUUCUUCGACAGGAAUCGGCCCAGCUUCGAUGCCAUCUUGUAUUAUUACCAGUCAGGAGGCCGCCUAAAGAGACCAGUCAAUGUCCCUUUUGACAUCUUCACGGAGGAGGUGAAGUUCUACCAGCUGGGCGAGGAGGCCCUGCUCAAGUUCAGGGAGGACGAGGGCUUCGUGCGGGAGGAGGAGGACAGGGCGCUGCCGGAGAAUGAAUUUAAAAAGCAGAUUUGGCUCCUCUUUGAGUAUCCGGAGAGCUCCAGUCCAGCCAGGGGCAUAGCCAUCGUGUCGGUCCUGGUCAUCUUGAUCUCCAUUGUCAUCUUUUGCCUGGAAACCUUGCCUGAGUUUCGGGACGACAGGGAUCCCAUCAUGGCCCUGGGUGCUGGGGGUCACAGUGGGCUGUUGAAUGACACCUCGACACCCCACCUGGAGAACUCAGGGCACACGAUCUUCAACGACCCCUUCUUCAUUGUGGAGACAGUCUGUAUCGUGUGGUUUUCCUUUGAGUUCGUGGUCCGCUGCUUUGCUUGUCCCAGUCAAGCACUCUUCUUCAAAAACAUCAUGAACAUCAUUGACAUCGUCUCCAUUUUGCCUUACUUCAUCACGCUGGGCACUGAUCUGGCCCAGCAGCAGGGGGGUGGCAAUGGGCAGCAGCAGCAGGCCAUGUCCUUUGCCAUCCUCAGGAUCAUCCGUCUGGUCCGAGUAUUCAGGAUCUUCAAACUCUCCCGGCACUCCAAGGGCCUGCAGAUCCUGGGCCACACCCUCAGAGCCAGCAUGCGGGAGCUGGGCCUUCUCAUCUUCUUCCUUUUCAUCGGGGUCAUCCUGUUUUCCAGUGCAGUGUAUUUUGCCGAAGCGGAUGAACCUACUACCCAUUUCCAAAGUAUCCCAGAUGCAUUCUGGUGGGCUGUUGUGACCAUGACCACCGUGGGCUAUGGGGACAUGAAGCCCAUCACUGUGGGGGGCAAGAUAGUGGGGUCCCUGUGUGCCAUUGCAGGUGUCUUAACCAUUGCUUUGCCAGUGCCAGUGAUUGUCUCUAACUUUAACUAUUUCUACCACAGAGAGACAGAAAACGAGGAACAGACACAGCUGACACAGAACGCAGUCAGUUGCCCAUACCUCCCUUCCAAUUUGCUGAAGAAAUUUCGCAGCUCCACUUCUUCUUCCCUGGGGGACAAGUCAGAGUAUCUAGAGAUGGAAGAAGGAGUGAAGGAGUCUCUGUGUGCAAAGGAGGAGAAGUGUCAGGGAAAGGGGGAUGACAGUGAGACCGAUAAAAACAACUCUUCUAAUGUGAAGGCUGUGGAGACGGAUGUGUGAAUCUCUUUCUCCACUUGACACUCCCCUCCUCCCCCAGCAUCUCCAAAUAUAUUUAUGCAUAGAGAGUGCAGUUAUGAAAAUGAAAUAUGCAAAUGAGUCCAAUGCAUACAGUAGUACGCCAUUUAAUGGUUAUACAUGACAUAAUUGUUGCUAAUCUUGUAUUACAUAUCAAAUAAAUGAUACAUCUUGGAGAAGAGGGAGGCUUAAAAUAGGAGCAAAUCUAUCUUUAUAUUUUUUAUUAGAAUGCAAAAAUUUUGCACAUUUACUGGAAAAGAUGUUAACAGUAAAGGUGGUUUUAUGGAGAGAGUUUGUGUGCGUGCGUGUGUGUGGGGGUUGUGUGUGUGUAGUGUGUGAAUAAAUUGUCAACGUUGUCAGUAACUGUGCAGUGAUGGGAAAAGUUGGCAUUUUGAAGUAUUUACUAUGUAAGAAUUAAUGAAUUUGAACAGUCACUUAUCAGUGCUUUAAUAGCAUCUCAUAUGUCUUUGGAUUCAAUAGUAACUGUUUUUUAAAAAAUUGUAAGAAUUACUGUGUAGAAAAAAAAGAGAAAGUAAAUUAUUUAAUAGAAUAUAGGUCACAAUUUUAUCUUGGAUUUAAUUAAAGUUUAUUUUUAACUGGAAAUUAACUUUUAAAAAGGCUGCAGGGGCCUUUAGAAAUCGAUUAUAUUUUAUUAUUAAUUUGGGGAAGAUAUGACAGUAAAUGCUUAACAUUAUUGAAGAAAUGAAAUCAGAGAUGUCACAUGUUUUGUUUGCAUCUAACAAGACUGGAAUGCUUUCCCCCCCCUUUGCACUAUUUUAUAUGCUGGGGAUUGAGAGAGACUUCAUACUGUGAAUGUUUACUAAUGUAACGGUUCAAUGACAAUCAUUGGAAGAAUGAUUUCUUAGUCUUAUUUUAUUGUUCUCUUCUUUUCUUGUGUGAGAUUAUGGCUGCGCAAAUAACAACACAUGAUCCUCUCCUCUUUUAAAAUCUAAAUAACUGAUCUGCCAAGGGACUAUGGAGGAAAAUUUAGC